AUGAAGAGACUAGCAGCUCGCUGCUAUGCGGGCUUGCUAAUUCUCUCCCCCGCCGCUGCCGUCGCCGCGCUGGAUCCUGCAGACCGCACUCAGCCGGAAACCGGCGGGAAGAUGGAGGAAGACAGCGGCGGUCUGAAGAAGCGCAAACACGCCGAACCGUGCGACAAGGAUCCGCCGCCGGCGGUAGAGGCCGCACACGACACUCCUGGCGAACAAGUCAAACGGAAACGAGGGCGACCGCCCGCCGAGAAGCUCCCUCCGAAUCCACCUGAGCUCACUCGGCAACUGAGCACGCUGGUGGACAUGGUGGUCAACUACAAGGACGGUUUGGGUCGCCAGAUCAGCAAAGGUUUUGUCCAGCUCCCCUCCAGGAAGGAAGCCCCGGAGUAUUACGAGUUGAUCCGAAAGCCAGUGGACUUCCGACGCAUCAGGGAGCGGGUACGAAAUCACAAGUACAGAAGUGUGGGAGACCUUCAGAAGGAUAUUUUCCUACUGUGUCACAACGCACAAACCUACAACUUGGAAGGAUCGCAGAUCUACGAGGACUCCAUCGUCAUCAAGUCGGUCUUCGAGAGCGCCCGACUUCGAAUCGUGACCAACAAGGAGCCCGAGCAGACGGUCGCCACCCACAGUGACAAUGGUGGUGCCGCCGAACACCCGUUAGGAGCACUGGAAAACGAGGAGAAGAAUCGAAAUUUCACAGCAAUGAGGCCUUUAUACCAAGACCAGGAUGCCGAGGAAAACGCCUCCAAGGAUUAA